AUGAAGGACGACAUGGUGGAAAGGAAGAUGAAGAUGUUGUUGCCAGACUCCGGAAGCGUUUCUGUAAGCAAUGCAGCAGAAAAUGGGUCUGCAGAAAUUGAUGAAGAUGAUGAAGAUGGGUCUGCAGAAAUUGAUGAAGAUGAUGAAGAUGGGUCUGCAGAAAUUGAUGAAGAUGAUGAAGAUGGGUCUGCAGAAAUUGAUGAAGAUGAUGAAGAUGGGUCUGCAGAAAUUGAUGAAGAUGAUGAAGAUGGGUCUGCAGAAAUUGAUGAAGAUGAUGAAGAUGGGUCUGCAGAAAUUGAUGAAGAUGAUGAAGAUGGGUCUGCAGAAAUUGAUGAAGAUGAUGAAGAUGGGUCUGCAGAAAUUGAUGAAGAUGAUGAAGAUGGGUCUGCAGAAAUUGAUGAAGAUGAUGAAGAUGGGUCUGCAGAAAUUGAUGAAGAUGAUGAAGAUGGGUCUGCAGAAAUUGAUGAAGAUGAUGAAGAUGGGUCUGCAGAAAUUGAUGAAGAUGAUGAAGAUGGGUCUGCAGAAAUUGAUGAAGAUGAUGAAGAUGGGUCUGCAGAAAUUGAUGAAGAUGAUGAAGAUGGGUCUGCAGAAAUUGAUGAAGAUGAUGAAGAUGGGUCUGCAGAAAUUGAUGAAGAUGAUGAAGAUGGGUCUGCAGAAAUUGAUGAAGAUGAUGAAGAUGGGUCUGCAGAAAUUGAUGAAGAUGAUGAAGAUGGGUCUGCAGAAAUUGAUGAAGAUGAUGAAGAUGAUGUUGAAGAUGAUGAAGAUGAUCCGGAUCUGCAGAGGAAAAAGUCUGAUCCAAUUUUCAUUAUUAGUAAUUUCAAUCAACAAUCUGCUAUGUAUGGUCACAUCUGGUUGCCUAUACCGUCAAAGACCAAUGUGUUGUUCGGCAGUAAUGUUAACCUGAUUGUAGUUUAA